CUGUUUUCCAGUGGUGGAGAAAAUGAUGAUGACUCUAACCAGAACUGGAAACCACCAGAAAAUGACCUGAUCCAGAAGUUAAUAGCACAGAUUGAAUAUUACUUCUCUGAUGAGAACCUUGAGAAAGAUGCCUUCCUUCUGAAGCACAUAAGAAGAAAUAAGUUGGGCUAUGUCAGUGUUAAACUCCUCACUUCAUUUAAGAAGGUGAAACACCUUACCCGUGACUGGAGGACCACAGCCUAUGCACUGAAGUACUCAAACACUCUGGAGCUUAAUGAUGAUAACAAAAAGGUUCGAAGAAAUACUCCAGUUCCAAUGUUUCCAAGUGAAAAUGUCCCUACCAGGAUGCUACUGGUGUAUGAUAUCCACAUGAUUUCUCAGCUGCAGGUCCUUAACAAAGAAGAAAACGGAUGCAUGCAAGAAAGGAUAAUGGAGCAUCUCCUCAAAGCCUUUGUAACUUUUGGUGUAAUUUCAUCAGUUCGCAUUCUCAAGCCUGGCAGGGAUCUCCCACCUGAUAUCAGGAGGGUCAGCAAUCGGUACACCCAGCUGGGAACCCAGGAAUGUGCAAUUAUAGAAUUUGAAGAAGUAGAAGCUGCCGUACGUGCUCAUGAUUUCAUGUGUGCUGGAAACAAAGAGACCGGCAUGAAAGUUGUCCUAAUAGGCAUGAAACCACCAAAGAAAAAAGUUCCCAAAGACAAGAACCGUGAUGAAGAUACCAGCAAGAGCCUUAAGAAGACUCGAUCCCUUAACAAGAGAGUUGAGGAACUUCAGUUUGCUGGUGAUGAAUCUUCAGCAAACAGCUCUUCUGACCCAGAGAGCAAUCCUACGUCACCGCUGUCAGGACGCAAACGUACCACGUCAAAUACGACGUGUAAUUUGAGCCCUGUCAUCCACCCAAACAACCAUUUGAGCCCUAAUAUGUCACCCAGAUCAAGUCCUUGGAACAGUCCAUCUUCACUAAGAAAAGUAGCCAAAAAAUCUCCACUGGCUGAAGACAGCAAGCUUAACCCAAGCACUAGCCCUGAAAUUCCAAGGAAAUACACUGAUUAUUCCUCAGAUAGCAGCAUCACUCCUUCUGGGAGCCCCUGGGUGCAGAGAAGAAAAGCCCAAACUCUGACACAAGAGAAGAGUCCUGUCAGCAGUCCCAUGUUGGUUCGGAAAAUACAAAAUGCAGAUGGUCUCCCUGUAAGGGUGCUGCGGCUGCCUAAAGGUCCUGAUGGCACCAAAGGAUUCCACAAUGGCUGUGAAAGAAGGAAGGCUAUGAAGGGUGAAUAGACUGUUCUUUAUAAACAGUUUCACAAAACAGCCAACUGCUGGUGACCAAGCCUGGUGAAAAAUUGUCACUUGAGUGACUCAGUUAAGUCAGUAUUUAAUUUUAAAAGCUUUUGUAUUUAUACAGACUUUAUCAUUUGUAUAUUUGUAUUAUUUCCUUCACAGAACAGAUGAGGUUGGAAGGCAUCUCUGGAGAUUGCCCAGUCCACCUCCUUUGCUGAAGAUACAAGUCACUGAUAGGUUUGAGUAUCUACAAGGACAGACUCCCCAGACUGUCUGGGUGAGGUGCUCCCAUAUUCAACCACCCACACAGAACCAGUCUGUGCCCCUUUCCUGUUACUGGGUAUCGCUGAGAAGUGCCUGGCUUCAUCUUCUUCACUUCUUCUCAUCAGAUAUUAAAAACCUUGAUUAGAUCCUCCCCCAGAGCCCUCUCCAUUCCAAUCUAGCCAGCGCCUGCUCUCUAGGCCUCACAGGAGGGACAUGCCAGCCUUUUAAUCAGCUGAAUUGCUUAGCUAAUGCAGGGCCCUUACCUGCAUCCAUUCUUUUUAAUGGAUUAUUUUGAAACACCUAAAUAUUCAAGCAGGCAUAUAAAUCACUGAUGUAAGUACAUUAUUUGCCAAGCUAGGAUCCUGAGGAGCAGUAUGUACUUAUGUAUGGUUUAGUGGUUGUAUUAUGAAAAGCUAUGGAAUGUUAGUCUCAUCAUAAGGAGCUGAGGUUUUGAAGACUUCCUGUGUUUGCCUCAGAAGGAACUGAGAAACCAAUGCCACAGUGAGCAGUUGUUCUCACAUACAUCACCAAAGCAGUAUUCAAUAGUACCAGUGUGCAUUUCCAUGAGUAAAAACUCUGAGUACUGGAGACUGCUCUGUAAGUGUUCUCUUGUAUAAUCAGAUGGAAAUAAAAAUAUUAACUCUAGAUCUAUUUUGUUUACUUUAAAAACAAGUUGAGCUGCACAUGAAUAGAUAACUUAAAUCUCAUACCACAUGAAUUCUAGUAGCAGUUACUCAAAAUUUCCAUUGCAUUCAGGAAAAAAGUCUUCUCUGCCCCAUUUCUUAUGAUUAAUUCUGUGGUGAUGCUUCACUUGGUGUCACAAUCACUUUUAUACAGUAUUAUAAACUAAACAGUGAUUAUGUCACCGCUAACUCAGAAUUUGACAAGCAGGCUCAGGAAGAAGUGCUUAAAUUAAAACUAGCUAUAAUGCUACAUGCAGUCAAAGAAGGAAACAGCAGUUUUACUUAGAAAAGUUAAACUAGCUCAGGGACAGUAAGAGUGUUUCAAGUUGCAACGGUCAGCUUGGGAACUGUGCAUGACAAAGGUCUCAUCAGAUGGUGAUUCUUCUUCAUUCCAAAAGUCCACAUCCCGUCUAAUUUCCUAAGUGUAACAUUUCUGCUGUGUAAAUAACAGCAGUAACUCAGACUCCUAUACAGAGAAAUCCCAGUUGCGUGCGUUGCUCCUCAGCCAUCCACGUACAUUCCUGGUUCUUUUACUGCACGCAAAUGGAAUCCUCCAGGUGACCUCCCAACUCCUGUUAUACAAACUGCAGCAUGUGCACAUUCACACUUUGUGAGCUCUCAGCACCAGAACUCACAGGCAGGUGCUUGGAGCGGGCACAGAGAACCCUGUGGCUGCCGGAGCAGCAGGGGAGAGGCUGGCAGACAGCACGAUUGCUCCAGGGACUCGCCCCACAGAAUCCCGCUUCUCUUCUGCAGAGCUCAAACACGCACAUGCACACCUUGAAGUGGUGGUUUCAAAAACACGGAGAUUUUUAUUCUUUUUUUACACAACAAACAGCAAUUCUAAAAAGCAUUUUAAGAAUGAGACCACUUUGCCAAGUAGCUCACUUACUGAAGGCAUUCAAGAUUCUUAAGUGCCUACACACCACCAGUGCCCAGGGCACCAACAGACCCCCACAUGCUACUCCAUCACAGCAGCUUCAGUCAUACAUGUACAGCAAUAAAAA